UCUCACUACGUGAGGCUAAGCGCGAAUUGUUUAUUUAACCCAUUAAUAAAGUUUCUGCAAUCAAGUUAUUUAAAUUGAGCACAUAUCGUGUUAUGGUUUUGCUUUAAAGUGUAAGAAAUUGACCAUGUCAGAGCAGGAAAGUGACGGUGCUAAACACGAGCGAUAUGAGGUGCGAAUCCCGACACAAGAUGAGAAUGAAGACCAGGAAGAAGAGAAUGACAUCAAAUGUAACGUCUGUACAUCCACAGACAUGAUUAUACAAGAAGAAAACAUCGCAGAUUCAGCUUCUCAACAAGAUUUAAACAUACAUGGAAGUGAAACAAACAAGAUUAUUUCAUCAAGUGAUAUUGGAAACUCAACCGCAACAGUUAAGAUCUUGCUAAUGCCAGAGAGGCAAAUGAUAACAGUGGCUUUCACUAUUGGCCACACAAUCCUGGAUCUUAAAAACCACUUUGCCGCUGAGCUCCGAGUACCAUCAGAUGUUAUACAGAUCGCUUUGGAUGAAAAAUGUGUAGAUGAUGACCAGACACUGAUGGACCUUGGUGUACAGCCACAUGGGAUGAUCCAGUUUGAGAUGAGCUCAUUAGACCCUGAGAAUUAUCCUAUGAGACCAGUUAAACCACAGCAGGAGUACAACAUGCCAGAUGUCAUUACUGUUAGAGUACAAACAGACACAUAUCAAGAUGUGGUGGUGGAGAUCGAGAGGGCCACUCAAGGGAAACCAUUUCUUGGAGGUUACCGUCAUAAGGUUACCAAGGCAGAGUAUCACCAUGCUGCUGUACAGACCAUGGCUAAGAAGAGGCCUGACAGAGGAAUUGAGAUGUUCAGCAGGGAUACACAGACUGUGGAGUUGAGGAACCAGGCGCAGCAGUGCUCAAGGAACGCCUCGACUCAGAUGACCAAAAUCGGCUGCUAUGUGUCAAACAUGGAUGACAAACUUCUCAUCCCUACAGGGACCUACAUCACUGCAGACGAGUACCACAGCAAGAGACUGAGAGCUGUCAUUACACUACAGACGUAUGUCAGGCGUUGGCUGGCCAAGCGUUUCACAGACAGCUUGAGACAGGCGAAAGAGCUGCAUCUGGCGUGGCUGGAAAAUGAAAAGAGAUGGAAGAAAGAAGAAAAAGACCAGGAGAUCAAAGAGGAGUAUCAGCGCAGGAUGAACCCUCAGAGAAAGGCAGACUUUGAUCUGCUUUAUAAUGCUUUGAAAAAAUGGAGGAUUGUGGAAGAGGAACGCAUCAAUGCCAACUUUUCCGGUGCGGAGAGAAAGGCGGCCCUAUGUGCUCUGCUGGAGCAAGAGACCCGGUUCAUCUCCUACAUAGAACGCCACAGAACAGCUGCAUGCGAGAAGAACCAAGAUAAGGCUAUACAGGCGCUCCUCAAUAAGUGUGCAGAGCCGAAGAGAUGGCAUGCGUUUGACGGAAAGGUGACGCAGAUGGACACACAGUUUACCAUCAGAGCCUCAGAGCUGCGAGAUCUGUACAACAGCAUCACGGAGGCACAAUUCACGAAGGACGAACGUCUGGAUGUGCUGCUAACCCUUAAAGACACCGUGAAGGAUCAUAAAUGCAAGCUGACACAGGAGAUAGUGGAUUUGAUUGACAGAGAGGUGGAUUUGCUAAUGAGGGAGGUGAAGAAGAAAAACCUGGAUGGCUUGAGGAAAAGGAUAUCUACACUGUUUCUCCAGUACAUCAAAACACCGGCGUUCAACCCUGAGGUGUCCAAACAUCUGCGGGUGCCUCAGGAUCCUGCUGAUCUUAGGAAGAACAUCUAUUUGUGUAGUGGCUGUAAUGAGUAUCAGUCAUCCUCUGACUUUUCGUUAAAGACGAACAGGUCAGCGGUCGGCCUCUGUCGCCGCUGUAAAGAGUUAGACAAUGAAGCCUUCCGUAGAGAAGAUCUGUGUCCCUACAAGAACAUACUCAAACAUCUACAUGAAACGGAGGCUGAGCUUAGUCCCGAGUCCAAAAUCAGCUACUUACUGCAGGAACAGGACCUGCGGUAUCUGGUGGAUGUGCUGUGGGGGGCUCAGUCUGCUCUGAGCGGAUGGAAAGACUUGCAUGACUUGUUGCUGGUGCGGUGGGAGAAGAGUUCAGACUGGAGUCCCUGGAACUGCAUUCUUUUAACAAAGGAUGAGGCAACUGCACAUCUCACAAUGGAGAACAUCAGAAAGGCAUACGAUGCGGUAGUUAUCCGUAAUGUCAAGCACAAACACGCUCUGGCAAGGAAGUACUUCUCCCAGAUACCUGCCAUGGCCGAAUGGCUGCACGACGCUGAGCUUCAGCCCGCCGCUCUCGGCAACCUGCUGGUCUCCAAACCCAUCACCAAGGUGACCAAGUAGAAUUGCUAAGAGGCUACCCAUGAUCCUUCAGGUGCCCAGGGACUUCUGCUCUAUGGUAUAACUAUUACCUGCCUUCAUACAGUAAAGAAUAGAGUUACAAAUCAAAACUUUGUUUUUGUCCUGUUUGCAAUGCUUCAUGGUACUGUGUAUCAACCAUUUGUUACAUUUGAAUUGGUCGAUAUCAAGGCAUUUUUGCUUGCUAUGGAUAUAAAAAUGUUUGCCUUCUCUCCGAUUCGGUUGCUAUUUAUUAGGAUUGUUCAUUAACGUUAAUGAACUCUCAGUAGAUUGUUACUGAGAAAGCGCAUUUAUGAUACGAAUUUAGAUCGGUGCACUACAAUCCUGUGAAAAAUGCAACAUGAGCAUUACGUCACUUACAUAAACACAAACCUGUAAAAAAGCUCAUAGUGGAAAGAUUCGAUUUUGCAUCUCAAAAUGCAAUUUCCUAAAGCACUUCCAAGAGUUUGAGUUGUAAUUAGGAUUUUGCAAAUGAUAUAUAGCCUUAGUUUGGAGCUAACUGAGAUAUGCAAUUAAAAGAAAAGGUCAAGAACCUCCUCCUGUGUUUCCUUUUCAAUAAAUGAACAAGACCACCAGAAACUGAUACUAAUGGCUGGCCAGGCUGAUAAUGUGAAGAAAAUAUUUAAAAUAUGUUGUGUUACUCAUUAAUCAUAGGAUUAUUAUUGAUAAUACAAUCAUUCUUUGUUAUCAUUAUAUAACGAAUAAGAGCAUGAUCUGUGAACCACAGCCAAAAUUUAGAUAUAUAAGGAAUGGGAGGUAAAAAGCAAUCACAUUGGAAUUUAAAUUUUCUCAAACAUACAAUUUUUAAGUGCAGGUUCCUGUGUCUUUAAAAUUAUAACUCGUACUGUAAUCCUUCUUGAAAUCUGUACAA